AUGGUUGAAACGACAUAUCGAGGAGCAAGGACCACCGUGAGAACAAAAUAUGGCAGAACAGACGAAUUCACGAUCGGAGUCCUCUGCACCAAGGGCCUGCCAUGGGAGCUAUUGUUUGCUGACGACUUGGUAGUAGUGGCAGACAGUGAGGAGGAGCUGCAGAGAAGAUGGAUGAGGUGGCAGAUUGGAAUGGAGAGCAAGGGUUUGAAGGUAAACACCAAGAAGACUGAAGUUAUGGCAAGUAGCAGGUGGGGUGUCGAAGUGAACAUCAAAGACAAGGACAAUGCUAGGCUCAGGCAGGUCCAGGAGUUCAAAUACCUUGGAAUGACCCUAGAUGCCAGGGAAAGGUCGCAAGCGGCUAUAAGAGCUAGAGUGGCAGCAGCAUGGAACAAGUGGAGAGAACUGUCAGGUGUUAUCAGUGACAAGAAGAUGCCUAGGAAACUCAAGGUGAAGCUUUACAGCACCAUUAUACGACCUGUGCUCCUAUAUGGGCCAGAAGUAGGGACAAUGGGAAAGGAGGAGGAGAGGAUACUGGAAGCUACAGAAAUGAAGAUGUUCAGAAGAAUCAAAGGUGUGACGCUGAGAGAAAUGGAAAGAAGUACUGACAUCAGGAGAGAAUUGGGAGUGAGUGACAUCAACGAGAAGGUCAAGGAAAUAAGCAUGAGAUGGUAUGGAUAUGUGAAGAGGAGAGAAGAAGGGCAUCCAGCAAAAGUGGCUAUGGAAAGUAUAGUACCAGGAAGAAGGCCGAGAGGAAGACCAAAGAAGAGAUGGCGAGAUAACGUGAAGGAGGAUAUGAGCCACUUCGGCGUACGCCCGGAAGAGGCCCUGGAAAGAAAGAUUUGGAGACGGAAGACCCGGGCGGCUGACCCUGCAAGGCGGGACCAACGGCCGUAA